AUGCCAAGUGCCCCCACGACUGCGCCGAUCCACGCCCAACACCUCAACACCGAGAAGGACCUCCUCGUCACGCGCCUCCAGCAAGAGCUCACGGCAAUCAAGCAAAAGCUCGUCGAGCAGAGCGAAGAGCUCGUCCAAGUUCGGUCGAGCAACCUCAAGCUCCAAGAGAUGCUCAAGAAGAAGGAGAAAGACCUCCAAAGCGUGUUUGCGGUGAUGCGCGAGGGCAACACCCAAGGCGCUGCCAAGCGUCGAAAAGAGAUCACCGACCGCCUCGUCAACGAACUCCAGCAGAAAGUGCACCACGCAGAGGCGCUUGCUCAGGCCCGCAAAUUGGAGCUCGACGAGCUCAAGUACAGCUGCAAGUCCCUCCGACUUCAAGAGCUUCACAUUCAGGCCCAAGAGUACUACAAAGAAGUCCAGCGGCUCCGAGACGCUCUCGCCGCGCAGCCAGCAACCACACCGUCGCCUCGGAAGGAGACGCGCCUGCAAGCCAACAAUGUCGAGCCAGAAACGACGUUGCCUGUGCCCAAGAAGGAGCCAGUACCGCAGCCCAUAGCUCUGCCCAAGACCGAUGUCUCGGCGUCCAAAUUCGUCAAGCGCAAAAAGCAAGCCGUCAUUGAAGCAGAGUAUCGGCGACAGUGCCGCAUUGCCGAGCUCGCAGCGCAGUGCGAGAUGGAAGAGAACAUUCCGCGACAAGCCAAACGACUGGCCAAGCAAGCUGCGGUCGAAGCGGCUGCGCGGGAGCCUCCCAAGCAGUUCGAAACGACACCAAGCGAGCCCAAGAUCCAGGUGGCACCGCCCACCGUGACCAUGGCGACACCAGAGGUCCUUCCCACGGAGCCAUCACGCUGUCUUCAGCCUGCCUGGACAUGUCCCGUCUGCUUGAGCAGUACGAACCGAAAUGGGAGCAUGUGCGAGACGUGUGGCACGGCCCGUCCAUCGACCGAAGCCAACACGCUCGUGCUGUGCUCCAUUUGCACUCACCGACCGGCUACGCACUGCAGCGAGUGCGCUCCACCCGUGGUCGAGACACCGUGGCCGCACAUCAAGCCGGCGCAAUCGUCUCUUCUCGCAUCCUCGAUUCAAGUCUCCCAACGUACAUAUGACGCGCUGCUCGUCACGAUCGAGUGCGCGCGCGGCUUGUACGACGCGCAGUGGGUCGGGAAGCAAGACCCGUACUGCUUUGUCACAUGCGGCGACGUCUCGUUCCGAACCAGAACGCACGCGGACGGCGGGCGAGACCCUGCGUGGCACCAAGAGCUCACGUUUCCACCAUCUUGCCUCGACGCACUUAUGGCAAUCGAGAUCAAGGACGAAAACUACGUCCACCACGACGGCUACAUCGGCUGCUGCGAGCUACCAGCCACCGCGUGGCACUUGUCCGAUGUCACCAACGUCUGGCUGCCGGUGCAGCACCACGACACACGGGUCGGCGAGCUCUGUGUCUCGAUCCGGAAAUCGCUGGCGGCACCAAAACAAGAGCCCAAGGCAUCAAGCAAGAGUGUCGUCGAGGAAACCGCUGCGGACGACGAAGACGAAGACUCGCGUGCUCCUGUACAAGACACCCGCGACGUGACGCCGCCACCAACGGACCUUGUAGCCGACUCGGUGGACAUGGACGACGACAUCCCUGAUGUUGCCAAGGAGGAGGCGCCUCUCGAGGAGGAGCCCGUCGAAGAAAUGUCAGAGGACCAUGCGAUCGCUGUGCCAGAAAUGUCGACGGAGCACGCUGACGAAGAAGACAUAUCGACGAUCGUUUGGACGAUGCCGACAGAUUAG